UCGGACAAACAAUAUGAAGGAGGUGCAGAGACUAAUUGGAACUUGGUGAGUUCGUAAAUAUUGAAGCUAUUAUUUAGAUUUUUGUCGGAGUUAUCUCACUUUGUCAAACAUUAUCACGUGAAUUCCCGUUGCUAAACCGUGACUUGGGAGAUCAUGAAUAAAGCAACUACAAAUGGACCUCUAGAUUUUGAUCUGAACACUGGUGCAAAAAUUCCUUCAGUUGGUCUUGGAACAUGGAAAGCUCCUCCAGGUGAUGUGGGUGAAGCUGUUAUUGCCGCAGUCAAGGCUGGUUACAGGCAUAUAGAUUGUGCUAGGGUAUAUGAUAAUGAAAAAGAGGGAGUUUGCAUUUGAUGCAGAUAGGGGUGGCACUGAAAACACUCUUUUCAAAUGGCGUAGUUCAGCGUGGUGAGCUGUUCAUCACAUCAAAGCUAUGGACCAGUGACUGUGCACCUGAAGAUGUCUCAAAGGCACUGACUAGGACUCUUGAGGACCUGCAGCUUGACUACAUUGAUUUAUAUCUUAUGCAUUGGCCUUUUAGGACAAAGCUAGGUUCAAGAGGUUGGGACCCUGAGAUUAUGGCUCCCUUGUGUCUUCCAGAGACAUGGAAUGCAAUGGAAGGUUUGUAUGCCUCAGGUCAGGCACGUGCAAUUGGUGUGAGCAACUUUUCAACUAAGAAGUUGCAGGACUUGCUUGGAUAUGCUAAGAUUCCACCAGCAGUUAACCAAGUUGAAUGCCACCCAGUGUGGCAGCAACCUGCUCUUCACAAUUUGUGCAUGUCUACUGGUGUUCAUCUCACAGCAUAUUCUCCUUUGGGCUCUCCAGGGUCAUGGAUAAAGGGGGAAGUCUUGAAGGAACCACUGUUGAUUGAAAUUGCUGAGAAGCUUCACAAGUCUCCAGCACAAGUGGCUUUGCGGUGGGGACUCCAAAGUGGCCACAGUGUUCUUCCAAAGAGUGUAAAUGAAUCUAGGAUCAAGGAGAACCUUAGUUUGUUUGAUUGGUGCAUUCCUCCUGAGCUCUUCUCCAAAUUAUCACGAAUUCACCAGCAAAGGUUACUUCGAGGUGACCCCGCAGUCCAUGAAACUUGUAGUCCUUACAAAAGUCUUGAAGAAUUAUGGGAUGGAGAAACAUGAAAUGCAGAUUAUUUCUGACGAAUCUCAGGAUGUAAUUUGACAUGGAAUUACUAUUGCCUAAUGCACAUUAUAGGAAUGUCUUUCUUCCAACAUUUGUCAUGUGCAAAGACAAUCACCCCUCUCUGGGCUUUAUGUCAAUCUCCACAUAUGAACAGAAGAAUAUUUGACUCAUUCUUUAAUUGUUUGAGACAUUCAAUAAACUUUUGGAUAGUGAUCAAACACUUUGCACUAAGUCGUGAAAAAAUAUCUAUUUAGCAGAGAAACUUGUGUUCGAUUCUCACUGUAAAGAAAUACUUUUCUGAUCAAUGAUAAUCACAAUAUUACAAACGA